AUGAGGCAACAAAUGGAGAGGUAUUUGGUGGAGCAACGGAGCUUGAUGCGACGGGGAUACUAUGCCUCGUUGUCCCGGAGCCAGCGACGAGCGAAUCGGCGACGGAGGGAGGCGUCCCCUGAGCUGCAGCUCCUUGCGUCCCCACUGAUCUUAUCGGAAGGGUCAGUGGGAGCCACAGUGUCGCCGUUUGUGUCUUCUGGGGCCAGCGAGGCCGACAGCGAUGUAGUUAUGACGAGCUGGGAACCGGACCCCAAGAAGGCUCGACCAGUGGCGAAGCGGCCCUCAACAGAGGCGGAGGAGCGACCGACGGUGAGGCGGCGACAGACAGACGCCGAGGAGCGAGAAGCCGAUGAGAAGCGGGUCGCGGAGUGGCGGCGGCGGAUCGCGCUGGAGGCAGCGAAGGAGGCGCUGCGGCAGCGGCAGGUCUGGGAGGACGCGCAGGCGCUGGCGAAGAAGUUGAAGGCCACGCAGGAGGAGGAGCAGGCGGCCGAGGAAGCCAAGGAAAGGGCCCGGUGGGAGGCGGAGGAGCACCACCGGACGUGUGUGCUGAAGAGGUUUGCGGCCGAAUUGCGAGAGAAGGAGCGGCAGCAGCAGCAACACCAGUGGCAGGGACCACAAGGCGCGGUGAUCGGGCCGUAUGUAACGCAGGAGGUGCGUACGGCGGUGCGUGGAGGAAUGGUGUGGCACCACCAAAUCCUCCACAUCACCUGGGCAUCGGGGCCGGCACCGAGGGAGCCGGAGGCUCCGGAAGAAGCGCGGGUGUGGGAGGAGACGCCCCGACGGAGCAAUGGCCGCGACCCAAGGGGGCGAUCGGCGGCAGCGGAACCGGCAGCGGCGAGCGCGGCGGCAGAGUCGGCGGCGGCAGCGGAACCAGCAGUGGAACCAGCAACGCCGGGAGCGGCGGCAGCGGAGCCCACAGCGGAACCAGCAACGGCGAGCGCGGUGGCGGCAGCGGAGCCAGCAACGGCGAGCGCGGCGGCAGAGUCGUCGGCGGCAGCGGAGCCAGCAACGGCGAGCGCGGCGGCAGCGUCGGCGGCGGCAGCGGAGCCAGCGACGGCGAGCGCGGCGGCAGCGGAACCAGCAGUGGAACCAGCAACGCCGGGCGCGGCGGCAGAGGCGGCGGCGGCGGCGGCAGCGGAGCCCACAGCGGAACCAGCAACGGCGAAGGCGGCGGCAGAGUCGGCGGCGGCAGCGGAGCCAGCAACGGCGAGCGCAGCGGCAGAGUCGCCGGCGGCAGCGGAGCCAGCGACGGCGAGCGCGGCGACGACGGACGAACGCGGCAGCGAGCAGCCGCGAGGCGGGGGGGGCUCACCUGAGCCAUGGGAGCGGGGUCCGUGGCAGUGGCCCGCGCCGGAAGCCAGGCGCGCAAAUCCAAGGCCGGAGCGGCAGUUGUCGUGUCCAGGAGGAGCGGGAGAGACCGCGGGCGCCCAUGCAGCGCCAGGCGUCGUGGCCGCAGGCACAGCUAGGGGCGGAGGGCCCACGCUGGCGGCCCGUGAGACGGGAGGAGUGGCCAGGGGCGGUGGAGUGCGUCCUGGCUCGAACGAGGUUCACCUCGAGGCGCAUCAAGCGGCUGGUGAAUGA